CAGCAGCUUGCCAACGCCGUCUUGACUAAAUUACCGCGUGAGAUCCGCGACAUGAUCUAUUUUCACCUCAGUACACGCGGUCGCGAGCUCAUCGAGCGCGAGCAUUUUCGGACAACCUUGGACCCACUUACGAGAUUAUACUCGUAUGAUUUCGAGAGGUGGAAAGCGCAGCAUUUUCCCGCGCACUACUGGAAUCCUGAAUACGUAUCCCAGCGCUUCUACUGCGAGCUCUUGGAAAACUAUUACCGUACUAGUACGUUCUUGUUUGGUGAUGAUCCGGGGGUAAUGAAGCGUUUCCUCAACACAGAUGAGAUGAAACUUGGGGUAGCUCCUAAAGCACUGGUUUCUAGCGUUGAGAUUGGGCUGAAUGCUGUGUCGCAUGAUCGAGGCUCCUUCCGCGCUUACAUGUUCGGCAUACCGAAAUCACCAGAGCGAAUGCGGGAGGCUCUUGAUGGUAUCUUUGAACUCAGACCUGGAGCUAGAAUCGUGAUUCGAUUCGUGACCGAGGCGAAAACUAAGGAAGAGAGGGAUGAGCAUUGUAAAGGAGCGAUGAAAAUGCUGUUCGACGAAGCGCAGGUGGAGAAGAUGAAGAUGUACAAGGUCAAGUUGGUGGUUGAC